AUGGCGUCGCCGCGGUAUCGGGCGGUUCUGGCGCCGGGUACUGCCCUCACGGCACCCUACGUCGCCCUAUUCGAGCAAGUCCUCGGCAAUCACAUCCAGGCUAUCGCCGCCAAUUACAGCGGGAGUCGGGCGGAAGAGUACAAGACGGCAGCUGAUAACUGGCGGCAUCCUUACUGGGACUGGGCGGCCGACGGCGGUGCUCAGCUUCCUUCGGCUGUAACGCAAGCAACCAUCACCGUUAACGGGCCCGGCGGUCAGGUUGAGCUGGCAAACCCUUUACUAGGAUACAGAUGGCAGAGGUUCCCUUUGAAUACGGCCUCGAACUACUUUCCAAGGAAUGGCGACCGCAACUGCUGGGGUUAUCCCGUGACGACACGGUGGCCGGACUCGAACGGGAACAACCGGCCUAGUUUGGCCAACCAGGAGCUCAGUCAAGAUGACUUGAAGGCGAAUACGUAUGAUGUCUUUACUAACGCCGCAAACUAUGAGACUAUGGCCAGCACGGGAAGCUCUGGAAACAGCUUCGAGGACGUGCACAACGCCGUGCAUUCAGCCAUCUACGCGGUUAUGGCUUACAUAGAGUAUUCCGCCUUUGAUCCACUCUUGUAG